AUGAGUCUUGAAGUUCAAAAUUUACCAGCCAGUGAAAGGUCAAGUUAUAAUACCAAAAUCCGUCAGUAUCGGAACCAAACCGAGGAAUCGAAACAGCGAUUGAGCCAGCUUCUAGAUGACCAAGAUAAACAAGAACUUUUCGGAAACCGCUACAGUGACAAUGAUGACGGUGUUCAUGACCUGCAACGUAAACAACUUCUUAACAACCAAUCUUCCUUGGACCGGUCCACUCAGCGGUUGCACGAUUCUCAGCGAGUUGCCCUUGAAACUGAAUCCAUUGGAGGAAAUAUUUUGAACGAUUUACGAGCUCAACGAGAACAGAUUAUGGGGGCUCGUGACACUCUAACCGCAGCCGAUGGAUACAUCGACAAAUCGGUGAAAACACUCAAGUCCAUUUCACGACGUAUAACCGCCAAUAAGUUCAUCAGCUAUGCUAUCAUUGCCGUGCUCAUCUUACUUAUCUUCCUCGUUUUAGCUAGUAAGUUUUGGUAG